AUCAUCCUUACAAGGUUGAACAGGGGCAGACGCGCUGCCCCCCUGCUGCCUGAAAGCAGCCUGGUCCCCGAGACCAGAACCCUGACAGGGCAAGAAGAGAAGAAAAGAGAAGAACCCACCCUGAACCUCCUCCACUUCACAAAGCGCGCCACCCGCCGACCAGAUGGCAACAAAGUGCUCCAGCUUAGCCGCCUUGAGCUGUGCGCCAUGCCGUGCCCGGCGCCAGCACAGCAGGCGGGGGGUUCGGGGACCCAGCCGGCGGCACAGUCGCGGCUGGCGGAGCGGGAGGCGGAGUGGCAGCGUGCAGCGGCGCAGCUGACCACCACGGCGGCGCAGCACUUCAACAAUAACCCGGUGGCUCUGGACCCCUGGCUCCACCGCACCUCCGCGGCAGCUGGGCUGCAGAACACGCCGGCGAGAGAACUGCAGUCGUAUGCGUCCCCGUCCCAGCACUCGGGUGAGGGGCCGCGGCGUUCCGCGCGGCUGCAGGAGCAGGCGGCGGGCGGGGCGGGACCUAGCACGGGGCCUGCCACGGCGGCGGCGGCAGCAGCGGCGGUGGAGGGCGACCCUCGCAUGCCGCCCCCGGAUGCGUCCCUUCUGCGGGCUUAUGCGCAGGCGAGGACGUGGCUGCAGCAGCUGUGGGCCUGCGUUGCGCCCCAGGCAGCGGCGCCGCCAGUGACGGACGCAGGCUUCAUGCUGGGGGACCGCAUGGGUAUGUGGGCCUCAGGCCCGCGGGGGGCGGGCGCGCUGCUGUGGAGCACUUUGCGGGCCACCUUCUUGUACGCCGUCUGGUGUGCGUACUGGUCCCGCGAGCCUGCUAAGCAGACGUCGGAGCAUGUGGUUCGGGAGGUGGUCAGCGAGCUGCGCAGGGUGAUGCGGCUGCGUUUCACUGCCGCCACGCUAACCCCUGAAACCCUGUCGGCUCUGCCCACUCAGCUUCUCACCGCACAGCUCAAGGCGGCUAAGCUGGAGCAAUUUGUUGCCAUCUGGUCGGCGGGUGGCGCGCUUUGUGAAGUGGAGGAGGUUCAGGGUGGGUCACCGAAGUUGAACUUGCGGCUGACGCUUGCAUCACCUGUGCAGGCCCCCUAGGUUUCCUUUUGGGCGGCGUUUCUUUCCAGGCGCUGGCGUGGCGUUUUAUCGUCAACAGCUUAUCUGGCGCCCAUGUGUUUGAGCUCUGGCUGGCGUCGCAGCGCCUGGGCGGCUGUGGGCCUUCCUGCACAGCGCGUCUUGCAGCAGGCUGGAGCCCGCUUAGUCAGCGCCACAUCUGGCCCGUCUAGUUUUCUGCUUGUGUCUCCUCUGCUGGUUCUCCUGGGGUGUUGCUUAAGCAACCGACUUGUGGGGGUGGGGUGGGUUUGGGCGGGGCGAGUGCAUACCGCUGGUGUUUUCUUUUCUGGCGCGCGGUGGUGGUGGUUCUUGCGGUUAGGCUGUGGUGUAGUUUGGUGCUUGGGUUUUUUUUUUUGGGAAUCAUCCUUACAAGGUUGCAGUGGUAGACGCACUACCACCCUACUGCCAAGGCAGCCUGGAUCAUAUCACAGAACCUCGAUAGGGCCAGAGAUCAGAGAAGAGAAGAGAAGUUUUUGUUCCACCACACACCUACUGGAAACCUCAACAGCCAGGUGACACCACACACCUACUAGAGUUCUCAACAGCUAGGUGACAACUACAGCCAUUGCCUUGACCACACAGAUCAUCUAGAGCUCUCCAGUUGACAGGCCCAGAGCACCACUUGAAUCUUGGAUCUUGAACUUGAAAGCUCUCCAGUUGCAGGCCCAGAGCUCCAGCCUGGUACCCCAGAGACUCCCUGCACCACAGGGGGGGUCUACACACCACCAAGGUGUGGAUGGGUUUUGGUAAACCAGGGCCCUUCCUGGUGGGGUGACCGGGAUUCGAACCCAGGAUCUCUCGAAGCCUUAACGAAAUCGGCUUGAGUGUCUUAACCAUUUAGACGACCCCCCUUGGGUUAGGUCUGGCGGUGUUUUUGUGCAACCCCUCCGGGGGGGCGGGGGGGCCAGCCUCCUGCUCUGUCUGCCGGGUCGGGGUGGGGUGGGGUGGGAUGGAUGGGGGUGGUUGGUGGCGGUUUUCGAGGUGUUUGCUUUCUGUUUUCUUCUCUUUUCUUCUCUUCUUGCCCUGUCAGGGUUCUGGUCUCGGGGACCAGGCUGUCUCCAGGCUGCAGGGGGGCAGCGCGUCUGCCCCUGUUCAACCUUGUAAGGAUGAUUCCUC